AUGUUAACUCGCUUUGAUGAUGUCCGUCAUAUGACGGACGAAAGCUUAGCACCUUUUCACCGGAAUCGAAGGAGAUUACCUCAGAAACAGCGUCAGCAUGAAUCUUCCAGUAAAGCCAAUCGACAGCUGGUCAAGAGGAAUCCGCCGUCGCUCGGAAACAGAGUCAGCAUCGAUCUUCCAGUAAAGCCAAUUGACAGCUGGUCAAGAGGAAUCCGCCGUCGUCUUCUGGUGAAACCGAUCUUUGAUUCUCUUCAACCAACACUUUCACUCGAAAUGGAUGUAAGCUCAACAGGUAAGAAAUGUAGUUUCUGA